AUGCUUGCAUCUGCAUAUCCCUGCUUUGUCAUCACCUCAACCACCUCAAACCCAACGUCACCCCAACUCAAAACCCCACAAACCCACAAACCACCACUCCAAAAUCCGCAAAUGGGCUCUCAAAACCUCUACGGCGCCCCGCGCCCAAAGUCCAAAGCCAACCCCAUCCCCCUCUCCUCCACGUCCAUCCACGCCCUCGCCAACGAACUCACCCUCGCGCGCGCACGCCUCUCCUCCACCAGCACCACCAAAACCGCGCCGGGCCGCCCCCGUCCCUCCAAGACCGCAUCGCUCUUCGCCCCCGCCAACAAAGGUGUCAGUAAACGUGCCGCGCGCGACGAGGCCCCAGAUGACAGCUACGGCGGCAAGACGAGCGCGCAGCUCGGCGACGCCGUGUCGGAGCGGGAGCUGGAGCGCAGCAGGAAGAAGAUGAAGGAGAAGAGCCGUCUGUACGCUGCCAUGAAGCGCGGGGACUUUGCGGAUGAGGGCGGGGAGGGGCUGGUGGAUUUUGAUCGCAAGUGGGCUGAGCACCCUUCUGACGAGUCGGAGGAGGAGGCGGAGGAGAAGGCCGGUGGCGGGAGCGAUGAGGACGACGAGAUCAUCGAGUAUGAGGACGAGUUUGGGCGUACGAGGAAAGGGAAGCGGGGGGCUGUGGAGCGGGAGAAGAGGCGUGUUGCGGCGGCGAAGAGGGCGGCGGAGGAGGCGGCGGCGAUGAAUAGGGCGCCUGAGGGGCUGAUUGUGGGGAAUACGAUCCAGACGGCGGCGUUUACGACGGCGACGUUUUCGGCGGUGCCGUCGAGUGCGAUGUUGGCUGGGGCGAUGCCGAAGGAGGAGGAGGAGAAGAAGCUACAUUAUGAUGCGAGUAAGGAGGUGCGGACGAAGGGUGUGGGGUUUUACCAGUUCAGUAAGGAUGAGGGGGAGAGGAUGGCGGAGAUGGAGGAGCUGGAGAGGGAGAGGGUGAAGACGGCGGAGGAGAGGAGGAAAGUGGAGGAGAGGAGGAAGAAGAGGAAGGAGGCGGUGGAGAAGAAGAGAGAGGAGGUGAAGAGGAGGCGGAGGGAGAAGGUGGGCGAUAGGUGGCUCGAGGGGUUUAUGGGGGAGUUGGCGGACUCUCCGGCUGCUCCUGCUGAUGAUGCUGGUCAGGGAGAGGGAGAGGAGAGUUGA